AUGACUAUAACAACGAAAUUAGAAAAUACACCAGAGGAACAAGGAGUAUCAAGUAGAAUACUUUUAUCAAUGUUUGAUGAUUUAGAGUCAAGAGCAUUUGAAAUUCAUGCAUUUCUUUUGACGAGAAACAACAAGGUAGUUGCUGAAGGAUACGCAAGACCUUAUAGUGCUGAUCGUGUUCACAUGACUCAUUCAAUGACAAAGAGUGUUUUGGUGUGCGCUGCCGUAUUACUCAUAUCAGAGGGCAAACUAGAAUUAGACCAAAAAGUCGUAUCAUUCUAUCCACCAUCGAUUGACAUUCAAAAACAAGAUUACUACUCAAAACUAAAAGAUAUGACUGUAGGUCAUUUGAUGACUAUGCGUACUGGUCACGAAAAGGAAGUAUCUGGAUCUGUGUGGAGACCGAUCAAGACUAGUUGGAUCGAUGAGUUUUAUAAAAUCAAAGUUGUCAAUCAACCAGGAACAACCUUUCUCUACACCUCUGCUUCUACAUACAUGUUGUCUGCCAUCAUCACUGCUGUACUAAAACAACAACAACAACAACAACAAAUCACAUCAACACCAACAACAAUUGUGUCAGCAUCACAAUUUCUCAAUGAAAGAUUGUUCAGACCACUUGGAAUUAAAUAUGAAUGGCCAGAUUCAACAACAGAUGCAGAUGUAUCACCAGGAGCCAACGGUCUCUCUUGUAAAUUACAAGAUAUGGCCAAGUUGGCACUUUUAUUUGUCAACAAGGGUGUGUGGAAAGGAGAGCAACUGAUACCAGCAGAUUGGGUAGAAAAGAUUCAACAAAACCAUCAAGAUGAUGAUGAAACAAGAUACGGCUAUCAAUGGUGGCUUGGACCAAAUGGUGCUUACUAUAUGAAUGGCCUGUUUGGUCAAUUGAAUGUUGUAUUUCCUAGCCACAAUGCAACAUUGUCAAUCUUUGCUGGAGUACCACCUCAAAGUAACUUUGUAAACGAUUUUAUUUGGAAUUAUUUCCCAAAGGCAUUUUCAGCCGAUAACAAUGAAAUACCAGCUGACCCAGAAUCUCUGCUCAAACUCAGAAAACGGUUAUCAACACUUGAAUUGGUACAAGAUUCACCAGAUCCAACCAUAAAGUUGGUACAUGCUAAAAAAUUUGUAGAUUUUGUUGUCGACAGUGAAGUUGAUGACAAUGGUAAUCCAGUAAAACGUGCAUCGGCCCCCGACAUUAAAAUGAUGAUGUUUAGUUUUGAAAAGGAAUCUAUUCUUUUCACACUAAGAGACAGCCAAGGUAAACAUACUAUUCCAAUUGGACAGAGAGGUAUAUUUAUAGAUAGUGUAACUAGAUUUAAUCGAUCACAACUACAUCAUGAAUAUGAAUCUUUGACACCUUCUUGUGUUGCCUCUACAAGCAAAUGGAUUGAUGGUCGUACACUUUUAUUAGAUUUGGUUUAUGUUGAAACUACUUUUAGAGAUAGAUUGAUUAUUCAAUUUACACCUAGACACAUUAGAGUUACACACUCUGUUAAUACCAAUUCAAGUUCAUUUCAAUUACCAAUGAUAAAAGGUGUUUUACAACAAUCAAAAUAA